CUCACACCCUGUGAAUGGCCUGUACCUAAAAGAUCAAAGAUCUAGGUAAAAGUGUUGGCAAAGACAUACAGAAAAAGAACUCCUGACAUGAAACAUGGUGGGCACCGGGCUGGUGGCCAGGGAGCUGGUGGUGGACGCGCUGCCCUACUUCGACCCAGGCUACGAGACACCUGGCGUGUGUGAGGUGUCUGCGGCGCUGGUGGAGGAGGAAACUCGCCGUUACCGACCCACCAAGAACUACCUGAGCUACCUGACUGCUCCGGAUUAUUCUGCUUUCGAAACUGAUAUAAUGAGAAAUGAAUUUGAAAGGUUGGCUGCCUGACAACCAAUUGAAUUACUCAGUAUGAAACGAUAUGAACUUCCAGCCCCUUCUUCAGGACAG